AUGUUCCAGGCACUAUAGUUAUUCGGUUCUUUAUUCUAUGGUUUAUUAUUCUAUGGUUUCAGUUACCAAUGAGUUCGCCUCUGGAGUGCAUUUCUAUGCACGAGCGAGUUUUUCUUCGCAAUGGCAUCCGCAUGCCCAUCCUUGGCUUGGGUACCUCGCACAGUGGCGGGUACUGCCACUCAACGGUGGUAUAUGCUUUGCGCGACUGUGGAUACCGGCUUGUGGACACGGCCAAGCGCUACGGCUGCGAACAGUAUCUGGGUGAGGCCAUCGCGGAAAGCGGCGUGCCCCGCGAGGAGCUUUUUCUCGCCACGAAACUGUGGCCACGCGACUACCAGGAUGCUGGGGGCGACGGGCCACGGAAUGCCUUCCGGGGAUCGUUGGAGCGGCUCGCGGUCGACUACCUGGACCUGUACUUGAUGCAUUGGCCCGAGUGCCCAACUGAGUGCGCGGACCGACAACGCACGCUGGACGAGACGUGGCGCCAGCUGGAGCUGCUUUAUGAUGAGGGUCUGUGCCGUGCCGUGGGCGUCAGCAACUACGAGCGAGACGACCUCGAGCGCCUUCUAGACGUGUGCAGCCUGGUGCCGCACGUGAACCAGCUCGAGUUCCAUCCACACCAUGCGCCUGAGGAGCUGCUGCGCUUCUGCGCGAGCCAGGGCAUCCUCUUCCAGGGCUACUCACCGCUGGCCAAGGGCCGCCUGCUGGCCGACCCCAUAGUGUGCCGUGUGGCGCAGCGCCACCGACGCUCAUCCGCCCAGGUGCUGGUGCGAUGGUCCCUGCAGAAAGGCGUCGUGGCCAUCCCCAAGUCAACGCAGCGGGACCGGGUGCGCGAAAAUGCUCAGCUCACCUGGACUCAACACCAAAUUUCUACUUGGAAGUGUUCACUUCGACCGAGAGGUCGAUCCGAGUAUAAGUGAGACGAUUCACUAAUGAGUUUGUUGACCUUAGGUCUUUGACUUUGAGCUGAGCCCAGACGACAUGGCUGCCUUGGGGACACUUAAUUGUGGGCACCGUUACAUUGAGCGAGCAGGUGUGCAGUCCAAGAUUGAUUCACUCCUUCCGGAUGGCUACAAGCUGACUGGACGACUCAGCCUGAGAAACUACAGCUGAGCUAUUGCGAUGUGCUGCCAUGCAUGUCGGUUGUGCUCACCAAAAUAAAUAUUGUGCUUUGUGUGUCACAUGUAAAA